AUGGUCGCGCGGGGCGCCGCUCUGAGUGACCUUUCACCCGCGCCCAGCGGCCUCGGGCGGCGGCACAAGGCGGAAGCCAUGGCGGAGGCGGCGGCGGGCGAGGCGGGCGCGAGCGAGCGGGACCCGGACGCGGGCCGCGCGCGCCGGCGGCUGCGGGUUCUGUCGGGCCAUUUGCUGGGCCGGCCCCAGGAGGCUCCGAGUACCAAUGAGUGCAAAGCGCGGAGAGCCGCGUCGGCGGCCGGGGCGUCGCCCGCCGCCACUCCCGCCGCGCCGGAGUCGGGCACCAUCCCCAAGAAGCGACAAGAAGUUUUGAAAUGGAAUGGAUGGGGCUAUAAUGAUUCCAAGUUCCUCUUCAAUAAGAAGGGCCAGGUUGAGCUGACUGGGAAAAGGUACCCUCUUAGUGGCAUGGCUUUACCAACUUUGAAAGACUGGAUCCAAAACACCCUUGGAGUAAGUCUGGAGCAUAAAACUACCUCUAAAGCAUCCUUAAAUCCUAGUGAAGCACCUCCUUCUAUUGUAAAUGAAGAUUUCCUUCAGGAACUUAAAGAAACUAGUAUUUCCUACUCACAGGAAGCAGAUGAUCGAGUGUUCAGAGCUCACGGUCAUUGUCUUCAUGAGAUAUUUUUGCUCAGGGAAGGGAUGUUGGAGCGGAUUCCUGAUAUAGUUGUUUGGCCAACGUGUCAUGAUGAAGUAGUUAAGAUUGUGAAUCUAGCAUGCAAAUACAACCUUUGUAUCAUACCAAUUGGUGGAGGAACAAGUGUGUCAUACGGCUUGAUGUGUCCUGCAGAUGAGACAAGAACAAUAAUUUCUUUGGACACUUCACAAAUGAACCGGAUUCUCUGGGUUGAUGAGAACAAUCUGACAGCUCACGUAGAGGCUGGGAUAACAGGACAAGAGUUGGAAAGACAGCUUAAAGAAAGUGGUUAUUGUACAGGUCAUGAACCAGACUCCCUGGAAUUCAGCACUGUGGGAGGAUGGAUAGCCACGCGAGCAUCAGGCAUGAAGAAGAAUAUCUAUGGCAAUAUUGAGGACCUGGUGGUUCAUAUGAAAAUGGUAACACCUAGAGGGGUAAUAGAGAAAAGCUCCCAAGGACCUCGUAUGUCGACAGGCCCUGAUAUCCAUCACUUCAUCAUGGGAUCUGAAGGAACUCUUGGUGUAAUAACAGAAGCUACAAUAAAAAUCAGACCAACCCCUGAAUACCAAAAGUAUGGCUCAGUAGCUUUCCCUAAUUUUGAACAAGGAGUAGCCUGUUUAAGAGAAAUUGCAAAGCAGAGAUGUGCUCCAGCAUCUAUCCGCCUCAUGGACAACCAGCAGUUUCAUUUUGGUCAUGCUCUUAAACCUCAGGUCUCCUCUAUUUUUACAUCAUUUUUGGAUGGAUUGAAAAAGUUUUAUAUUACAAAGUUUAAAGGAUUUGAUCCAAAUCAACUAAGCGUAGCCACGUUACUGUUCGAGGGGGACCGUGAGAAGGUUCUUCAGCAUGAAAAACAAGUAUAUGACAUUGCUGCAAAAUUUGGUGGUCUGGCAGCUGGAGAGGAUAAUGGACAGAGGGGUUAUUUGCUGACUUAUGUCAUUGCAUACAUGCGUGAUUUGGGUUUGGAAUACUAUGUAGUAGGAGAAUCUUUUGAGACUUCUGCUCCUUGGGACAGGGUUAUAGAUCUGUGUAGAAAUGUAAAAGAGAGGAUAAGAAGGGAAUGCAAAGAAAAGGGUGUUCAGUUUGCACCUCUUUCUACAUGCAGGGUGACGCAGACGUACGAUGCAGGUGCAUGUAUCUACUUCUAUUUUGCCUUUAACUACAGGGGAAUUAGUGACCCACUGACUGUGUUUGAGCAAACUGAGGCGGCUGCUAGAGAUGAAAUCCUUGCCAAUGGAGGGAGCCUGUCACAUCACCAUGGAGUGGGCAAGUUACGAAAGCAGUGGCUGAAGGAGAGCAUCUCUGACGUUGGCUUUGGGAUGCUGAAGUCUGUCAAGGAAUAUGUGGACCCCAGUAACAUCUUCGGAAACAGAAACCUUUUGUAACUCCAUGGAUAUCAUUAUGAAAAUGGUACCUUUUAAAAGUCAUCAGCUAUGGUUAUUCCAGUAAUCAAAUACGUCAUGGACUGUAUUUCAGCUACGUUUGUUUGUUGGUUUCAAAUAAGUUGGUUUUCAUUCUGUGCUUUGUUUGUACAUCUGUAGAUUGACAGAUGGUGUUCCUAGGUCUCUCUCGUUGUAGGUAUACCAGCUUAUAGCCAGCUAACUGGUUGUCAUUUCAGAUUUCAGUCAGGCAGCACGAGGCUGCCCGUUCUCUGAAGAAGAUGCUGCCAGCUGUUUUCCGUGCUCCUCUAGGUGAGCUGAGGCAGGUGGUGUCAUCUGCUGCUCAUCUAGCCUCUCCUCUGUCGUGUCCUUUCUUAACAACUUUUCUCUAAGGCAGAUAUCUAGCAAAUUCUGCUGGGGAGAGAGAUUUGUGUGUGUCGUGAAAAGCGUCCUUUCCCGGGAGUAGGCCGUUGAGGGAGGACACUCAGGACAGCCCGCAGUCUGUUACUAGCAUGCCUUCAUCUGUAUAAGGUGCUCAGCCUAAGCUUUGCUUGAAGUGAACACACAGUUGCAAACUUGAGUUGCCAACAUACACAUUACUCUGUGAGCAGACACAGUUUUGUCCUCCGUGUCUGUUUCUAGUGGGGUGUGAGUGGCGUUUGUGUCACUGAGGGUAACCUGUUGUUGUGUCCUACAUCAUCUAUAACAUGCUUUGUAAGAACGGCUGCCUUACUACACAUGACGGGCAGGUUUUACCAUGAAGCGAAGGCCGUUGUCCCCGCUCCAGUCCUCACGUUUCUGCUGUCAGAGCCUGUUGCCAAGCUGCACAAGCAGCUGCAGCGUGAACAAAAGGAAGGCUCCUGAACCUGCUGUCUCCAGGGAAAGAGUUAUUUGGCUAAAGAACGGUCGUCAGUGGACUCUUGGAUUUGAAAGUCUCUAUAAUUUCAAUGACAACAAUCUUUUUUUCUAAUUAGCCACAAAUAGCCUGAUAAAUUUUCAUGGAAAAAUAGUUUCAAUUCAGUUCUUAAUAAUGGUUUAAUGCCUUUUUGAAUUACUGGUUUAACCUAAAUUUUAAAAAUGUAUUACUGCAUAUGCCAUAAUCACAAGUUUGAAAUAUCCUAUUUCUUAAAUAAAAAGGAAAAUAUUAAUCACAUUUAGCAGACAUUUUUACAUUCAAAACUGGAUAAUAAGUGGAACAAUUGCUUUAAAUCACUGUUGAGGUUCCUGAUUCACAUUGUGAGAUGGGUUCUUUUCUUAAUGCAAUACCUAACUUUUGAUAAUUUUUUUAAAUAUUUAAUCAGAUAAUGUAAGUCAAAAUGCAGAUGAUCCUUUAAAAGGAUCACUGUCUGUCUAUGUAGCAACGGCUCCAAAUAUGUUGGGGCAGUUUGAUACCUUUUAUAUCUGAAGUAGCCUUAAACAGAACAGUGAAAAUUUAAAAUUGACAAAAUGAUAUUUUUAAAACUUCAAAAUGAUAAGUAAUUUUUAACUAUUAAAAUUGGCCUCAAACUAACAAAUUUAAAUCUGUAGGAAAAAUCAAUAUUAAGUAUUAGUUUAACAACAAAAACUCAGUAUUUAUUUUUUGGAAGCUGCCUCUUUAUUGAUGAUUUAUUUUCCAUUAUAAAAUUUCCAUAUCUUUGAUUAAAUAUUUUGAUGGUUUGAAAUAGCUGGACACUUGAGGAAAUCGCCUCUGAAUUAUAAGAUUCUUUAUAAAAUGCAUCUCGUCAUGAGGGUGAUUCUCUAGUUGGUGAUUGAAAUGUAAUAUUUAGUAAGAUUCCAACAGCUCACUGGAAGUGUAUACAUGUUUCCAAGUAAUUAUUUUUAAUAAACAGUUUUAUUAGCAGA